AUGCCGCGACUGGCUAAUUUGCGGACAGGGUCAACGGACUAUGAGUAUGGUCAACUUCCAUCUCACCACACUGCUUAUGGCGGAAUACCCAAAAAGAUGGACACAACGCGGAAGCGAAAUGUCAUAUGGGGAAUUAUAGGGAGUGCCUUCUUCAGGAUUGCCUGCUUCAUGGGAGUCGCGAUAGCUUUCACCGUCCUGUUCGCUGUCAAAUCCCCCAAUUUUGGCGGCUACAGCUCCGACAGCCCAAAAUACGCGCUCUACAAAAACACUCGAUUCGAGAAAUGCUACAGUACACAAGCAUCCACAAGAAACUGUACCGCUAUACGUGUCGCUUUGAAUGUCACCAAAAUUACUGGCUUCGGGGACAAUGAUGUUGGGUAUCUCAGCAGUAGUAAGGUAUUCGGCAAGGACAGCAACACUAUCUCGGACUGGUGUGACACCAUGAGCUGCUUCAAUAACUACAAGGUCAUCCCGUCUGAUCCGCGCGAUUCGGCCUUGUGGCCGACUCUCCUCACUAGCUGGGCCGCAUCUGCUGGCUUCCUAGCAGGGUCACUGGUUCAGCUUUUGCUACAGCAGAAAGCGUUGUACAGCCCGAAAAAUAAGCUCUGCAAAGGUCUUGGUGAUAUACACUGGUACAGUUGGUUAUUCAUUGGCGUUGAUCUAUUUGCGUUUGUCUGGUGGUGGGUGUCAUUCGCGAAAUUGGCUGCCGCCCCAGAGAGCGCCAAAACACCCUUCAUAGUAGGCUGGGUAAUCCCCUGGAAAUAUGCCGGUCUGUUCAGGUACCAUCCAUAUUCAUGCGCCUUUCGAAGGAACCGUCGCGCAAAAAAAAAGGUUGCACGGUGGUUCUUCUACAUUCUAGCAGCGAUACAGUGGAUUGCUACGUUGUACGUGAUCCAUGUCAACAAUCCCGCCGGUUUGUACACUAGAUGUGGCCAACGCGCGCCAAAUCCAAGCUACGAUUGCGUGCAUUCUCAAAUCGACGCUGCGCCCGGAGCUUCGGCUUGCUCAGCGACACAAAUUUGCUCUCGCAAUUGGCUGUUCGUUGAUCCUGGGUUUGAGCCUGCCUAUCUGCAUACAGACUCAAGUAUCGCUAUUUGGGUAAUGUUCCUCGCAUUGACAAUAGCGGCCCUUUCGCCUGUCGGCACGAUGGCCAUUGCCUGUUUCCGAAGAGAGAAGACUCCAGACUUAUCGCCUCGUAGCAUGCUACGAUGGGCAGAUCCAGGACCGGUUGCCAUCCUUUCCAUUCUCUCCAUUUUUGAGAUUAUCUUUGGGGGCGUACUCGUUGGCGAUAUGGUAAAGAGACUCAGCGUUACUCCUGAUGCGGCAGUUACCUUCGACUGGGAAUGUCAGGUUCUUCAUGUUGCCUUGAGUCCCUGGAGGUAUUACCUUGAUGUGGACUAUGAAAAGGGGUGGCGAAUUGCUAAACUGUGGUUCAAUUCGUGA